AUGGAAGAAAUUUAUCACUUACUAAUAGAUAUCUAAAAUUUAAAUGAAUUAUUUAAAAAUGAUAAAACACAAAUAAUUAAUGCUCUAUAAAAUGCAUAAAGUAUUGAUUUAUAUAGAUUAUGUUUAGUUGGUUAAGCUAUAGGCAAAAAAGAUUUCAAAGAUCUCGAGGAGAAAGUAGAAUAGAUCUAUUAACUGUUAAGAUUUUUUCUACUUUUUGUUGACUUUAAUAUUUACUUUUUGAAUUAAACAGAAAUAAAUAAAUCUCAUAGCUGCAAAUUUAUUUCAAAAAAUAUUAGAGAUAUUAUUAAUCUUGUUUAGAUAAAUAAUAUAUUAUAUAUCAUGUUAAUUAAAAUAAUCAGAUUAACACAUUUUAAUUAUAAAUAAAUUAUGAAAAUAACAAAGCUAAGUGUUAUUGUUUAUACCAUAAAUAUAGUGAUGACCAUAUCUUACUAGAAAAUUUAUACUUUUUUAAAUUAGGGACCAAAAACAAAAGAAAAUGCGAAAAUUAAAUUAAAAAUGAUAAAAUUAAAUACAUAUAUGUUAUUUUUAUUAUGCUUAGCUAACUAAUAAGAGCAGUGGGACACUAUAUAUCAAAGCUUUUAAGACGAGUAUACAAUGGAUGCAUCAGGUUAUUUUCAUAUUUAAUUAUUUAGGCUGGAUUGUAAGUAGUAAUUUUAAUGGAAUUUUAUUCUCAGCUUGCAUUGGAAUUAGAUUGUUUGGAGGAUUUAACGUAUUUGGAACCAAUGCAAUAAUAUCUAAGCAAUUUUCCUUACCUCCUCAUUAUCAAAUCAAAGUUACAUUAGAAUUUUGGAAGUAUUUAUAAAAUUAAAAGUAGAAUUGAUGGUUGGGAUGAUGAAUUCGUCUAUACUAUUGUAGAUGAUACUUUAUGGUAAAAAAAUUAUCAAUGGUGGGAGGGGAUUGCAUUAUGUGGAAGGGGAGGUGGUUGGAAUGAGAUAGUUGAAAAUGUUACAGUUACAAUGAAUCAUAAUUCAGAAUCUUUAGUGUUCGCAAUGACUUCAAAUCUGAACGAGCCACCCUAUUAUGUACAAUAUAUAAUUAUAUUUAAGGAAAGUUGGGGAAUUAGAGAUUUUACAUAGUCAAUAGUAAGAUGUCCUUCUGGUUGCUUAUAUUGUUCAGAAAAAGAUUAUAAUAAUUGUUAUUAACGGAUUGGUAUUUUAUCACUGUGGCAUGAAUAAAUUGAAUUAGAUGGAUGGAUGAAAAAUGAUAAAAUCUAACCUGCAACGUCUAAAUGUAUAAGUUUUGAUCUUGUUGGAGGAUACCUCAAUUUAGCACCAGGUGAUAAAUUAGAAAAGAUUAUACAAAACUUGAGUCCUCAUUAUACAAUGUAAAUAAAUUUCUAAUUUUGGAUAAUUGAUACAAGGUGGUAUUAUAAUGAGUACUUUUAGUUAUUCGUGGAUGAUUAACUUUUUAACUAAACUGAUAAUAGAUCUGCAAAUUUAUAUUCUACUUGUGGAUCCACUAUUGAACUGAAAUUAUAUUUAAUAUUAAAGUUACUUUACCUCAUUAAUCAACAUAAUGUAAAAUAACAAUGACAAAUAGUUUGAAUGGAAUAACUGCAAGAGCAUAUUGGGGAAUAAGGGCAUUUAAUAUCUAUAUUGCAAAAUGUUGUAAAGGUUGCGAUCAAUGUAUCGGCCCUUUAAAAACUGAUUGUAUUCUUUGUUCAAGUGAUUGGGUGUUUUACAAAAAUAUAUGCACUAAUAGUAUUAAUAUAUCCUAAUAGGAUAGCUCCGCCAAUGCCUUUAUCAUAAAUUUCAAUCAGUUAAAUUAAAGAUUCAGAAUCAGAUCUUAGAGUUCCUAUUGAGAUUGAUUUAUUAGAAGUUGAUUAAUAAAUAAAUACUUAAGGAAAUUUUACACUUUCAGUUAAGAAUAUAUAUAAAUUCUUGACUGUUUAAGUUUAUUUAAAAUGCCUUCCAAAAACAAGAAUUAAAAGCCAAUUUUAAAAUAGACUUUAAGAUUCUAACUAAUAUUCAUUUUUUAAAAGUUGUUAGUAGACUUUCAAUGCUGUAAUUUAUAAUUUAAAAUACGAAUAAAGGAUAAUUACAGAAUAAGAAAUUAUAGUUAAUACAUCUGAUAAAUAAUGUGUAAUUUAUUAAGUAAUUAAAGUUGUUGACGAAUUACCUUUUUUUAUCAAAAUUUUGGAAAUUAUAAUAGAAGAUUUUUUAAUAUAUAUUAUAUAUGAUAUUUUUUAUUCAAAGCACUAAAUGUAUUACAUUUUUUUUGACCUCUUUAAUAAUGUUAGAUAUUUAAGAGGUCAAAUGGCAUUUUUUAAUUAAUAUCUAUUGCAUUUCCUUAAGAAUCCUUUAUUUUGCAUAAAGUUGACCCAUUUAUAUGUUUUUUUCUUUAGAGGUUAUCUCCAAAACUAUCAACCUUAUCUAGAAUAUCCAGAAACAAAAUAAAAGAUAUGUAAAUAUUUUUAAUAUAAUUGA